GAUAGUCAUUCUUAGUUUCAGUUUUCGAGUGAUUAGAUUACGUAGAAUAAGUUUUAGUGUCUCACCAUCAACAUGGAUCGUCUUUAUGAUAUUUACGAUACUCUCAUAUAUAAAUAUGCAGAUCAACGAAUAAUUUCGUAUCCCUUAAUGGGAUCACCUUUUCCAAUUAUUAUAAUAAUGUCUGCUUAUUGGUAUAUGAUCAAGAAUGGUGAAAAAUGGAUGGCGAAUAGACCCGCGUAUAAUAUCAAAUUUUUCAUUCAGACAUACAAUAUUCUACAAGUAUUAGUAUGUGGAUUUCUUGGUAUUAGGGCGCUUCAUAUAAUCUUACAAAGAGACUUAGUCUGCAUAACACAUUUCACCGACUCUGAAUAUGACCUGAAAGUGAUCUUCUACACCUGGUUGUACUAUUUAAUCAAAAUCAGUGAUUUACUAGACACGGUUUUCUUCGUUUUGCGUAAAAAAUUCGCGCUUGUUAGUACAUUACACACCUACCAUCAUACUCUGAUGGUGGUUGGGUCGUACGCGUUGGCGCGGUACCUUCCUGGUGGUGAGAUGGCUGUUAUGGGUACCCUCAACAGUCUGGUUCAUUCCGUCAUGUAUUCCUAUUACUUUUAUUGUCUUUACAAUAACAGCAGGCAGAAUAUCUGGUGGAAGAAGUACAUUACUCAAAUGCAAUUGGGGCAAUUUUGUUUCCUGCUCAUAUUCUACACAUGGAAAUUAUUCUUCGUCAAAAAUUGCGCUUAUCCAAAAUUGUAUCUGGUUUUCGCAAUCAUUCAAAUCCUGGCGAUGUUGAACAUGUUUGGAAACUAUUACUAUAACGCUUUCAUCAAAACAAAACCCGCACAACCUGCGAAGGGCGAGGUGAACAACAAUAAAACAAAAAAAGUCAACUGAUAGACAAAUGAAAUAUUCUCUGUAAAUUAAUAAAUUAAUAUUAAAUAUUUACUAGUA